UGCUUUCUGAGCUCUGGUUCUGUGUUUGCAGCUUGUUUUUGCAGAGUGGUCCUGAAGCCGCAGCUGGCUUUCUGACAUGACCCCGGGCAGCAGACCCUCCGGGACUGCUCUGAUCCGUCUGAGACCUCCACAGGCUGCCGCACCGACGUCAGGCGCUGCGCUUCACCGUGAAGAUGGCGGAGGCUGCUGAGGCACAACAACACCGGUUUUUCUGCCACUGCUGUAAAUGUGAAACUAAGCCCAAACUCCCGGAUUUCGUCUGCCCCAGAUGUGACUCUGGCUUCAUUGAGGAGGUGGCAGAAGAUUCCAGUCUCCUGCAGGACAGCACGUCAGUGGCCAGUGAAGAUUCAAACUCUUUGUUCUCAGAGUUAUGGCAGCUGCUGUUUAUGGAGCGCUCGGCUCUUCUGUCGCAUCCGCCCUCGUCAGAGUCCGACCCAGACGACAGCGAGCAGGUACCUGCAGGUCAGAGCCGUCCUUCUCCAGUGUCGCCAGGAGCUGGCGAGGCCAGAGAACCAGAGUCUCCCUCCCAGCCUGAACAAGAGAGGCCGUCCAGGCCUGAGCAAAGGCCUGCAGUGGAAGGGAUCGUGCAGCAGUUCUUGGCCGGCCUGUUUGCCAACAGCGGAAACCCCGGUGCUGCACCAGCUGCACUAUCCAGCAUGCUACAGUUGUAUGCAAACCCUGGAGAUUAUGCGUGGGGUCAGGGAGGUCUGGACACUGUCAUCACAGAGUUGUUAGGACAGCUGGAGAGCACAGGUCCACCCCCUGCAGAAAAGGAGAUGAUCUCAUCCCUGCCAACCGUUUGCAUCUCUCAAGAACAGACAGACUGCAGACUGGAGUGUCCAGUUUGUAGGGAGGAGUAUUCAUUAGGGGAAUCUGUCAGGAAGCUACCCUGCCUCCAUUACUUCCACAGUGAAUGUAUAGUGCCUUGGCUGGAGCUGCAUGAUACCUGCCCAGUGUGCCGAAAAAGCCUUGACGGUGUCGACAACAGCCUCCCGCCCACAUCACAACCCCCGGAAGCCCGCUCCAUCAGGACAGAGCAACAGGAGAGGCAGGCGAUCUGAGAAAUGGGCCAAGCAACUCUACCUCUUUACUGUUUUUAAGAAGCACGCGUCUCACCUCAGACCUUCCCUCGCACUGGCUGAUUUUAAAUAAAAUACAUGCAUCAGAGUCAGAUAUUGCAGCUUUAACUCUCACUUGAUUUGCGCAUCUCUGCUGAGGACCUUUACGGUUUCUACUCCAGCAUCUUCGGCAUUUUUGAGCCACACUACACACAAAAGGACCAUGCAGAUUGCUGCCAAGCUGCCGAGGUGAUGUCUUUCUAUGCUGCCCUCUGAGGUGGAUUUCUGAAUGACUGACUUUGAUGUCAUGAACUCACCACCACUGAGCUGCAAGUGGUUGUCAAAAUGAUGGGAAUCCACAGAGUUAUGAAGUUUUUGAACGCUUUUGCAUUAAGGCCCUUGGUAAGAUGAUUUCUUAAUGCAGUACAUUUUGUGGGCGUUUUUUCCACCCAGUCUGAUUGAGCGUUGAUCUCCUCUCUGUUUAAAGCUGUUAUU